AUGUUGUUAUCUCGACGUGCGUGCUACAAGUGUGGCAACAUCGGCCACUAUGCUGAGGUCUGCUCCUCGUCAGAGCGUCUCUGUUACAACUGCAAGCAGCCUGGACACGAAUCCAGCAGCUGCCCGCGUCCCCGUACCACCGAAACCAAGCAAUGCUACAAUUGCCAGGGACUCGGCCACGUCCAGGCGGAUUGUCCCACGCUCCGUCUGAACGGUGCUAACGGCCGUUGCUACAACUGCAGCCAGCCCGGCCACCUUGCUCGCAAUUGCCCUGCUCCUGCUUCCGGUGCUGGUCGUGGCGUUGGUGCUCCUCGUGGGGGUUUCAACGGCGGAUUCCGCGGCGGGUACGGAGGUUAUCCUCGUGCUGCAACCUGCUACAAGUGCGGUGGUCCCAACCAUUUCGCUCGUGACUGCCAAGCCCAAGCUAUGAAGUGCUAUGCUUGUGGCAAGCUUGGCCAUAUCUCUCGUGACUGCACUGCUCCGAACGGUGGUCCCUUGAGCUCUACUGGCAAGGUCUGCUACAAGUGCGCCCAGGCCGGCCAUAUCUCUCGGGAUUGCCCUAACAAUGAGACCGCGACUCAGCAGCCCACCGAGUCCAGUGCUACUGCCACGGCCGCUCCUGCCGCUGCUACUGCCGCCGCCGUCACCGUCGAGGCCAGCUCUGAGUCAGCUCCUGUUGCUGCUGCCGCCCCUACCACUGCUGUAGCAUAA